GCACGUAAUUCACUGCGUCUGCUAUGGAUCUGUUCCAUGAGUGCACAGAGUAGGAAGCGCCAAAGGGAAAAAAGCAAAUGGGCCAUGGAUUCUCAUCGGUGUCUGAUUUGGCUUGGCUGGGGACCUGGGAUUACGGGUACGGGUACGGAUCAGUCCGAGCAGGCCGCCUCUGGCUAGGCCCGAUCAGCCAAUCAUCCGAUAACUUGUCUACAAUGAGUAAAGCCUUGACAAGUCAUCAAUGCUCUUGCAGCUGUAGUUUUUGUCAGUUCUUCCACCAGCCACUUUGCAAAUACUCUAUAACGCAUAACGCUGUACCUCUUCACAGGCCGAGAAAUAUCUAUGUUGAACGUGACAAUCAAUGAUGGCGGUAUAUCAACAUCAUUCAUGGAGACCUACCCAGACCAAGUGCCUCAUUCAGCGCUUGUCAAGUCCUGACUGCAGCCUGGGAGAGCGGAGAGCCUUGACAGCGCUGUUAACCUGCAUGAUCCGCAUUUUUGGGCGUGACCCAAAAUCAUACAAUGCGGAGGCUGCUGCACUCUCAUCCAUUAUUGAUGCCAAUGAGUACCACUCCCUCAUAUCAGGCUUUGCAAACGCCAUCAUUCGAGGCACUACCGAUGGUGAUAUCCUUGAUCCAGAUCUCCUGACAAACUUCGCAUAUGCUCUCCGUCGUGCUCCUGCUACCUUGUCUGCUGAGACCGCCAAACUCGGGUCAGUGCUUGAUAGUCUGCAUCAGAGGCUAAAUAAGGCAAGCAGUCGGACAGAACUGGAAACUCAGUACCACUUGGUUUGCACUAUUUCAAUUGUAUUGGAUGCCAUGGUCGACAUUAAGCUCUCUGGACUGAAUCGAGAAAUAAUCCAUGAACCUCUCCUGCAACAGCUGAGGAACCUGAAGGAUAACUCGGAACCUCGUCUUUCACAUGCUGCUAGUUAUGCAUAUGAAGCUCUACGUUCCGUACCUGAUGAUGAGGGUCCUUACCAGGCACUACUGCGCCAUACCAGCAUGCUCAUUCAGGCAACGGCGAAAAUUGCUGGCGCCAUUCCAACAAUGGACCCCAUGAGGAUUGUUGAUGCUGCUCCUGAUGUGAUGAAAUUGCUCGCUCUCUUUAAAUAUUUGGUUGAUGCAACUCACAGCGCCUAUACCGGUUCCCAAGACAUACAAAAAGUGGUUGGAGACAUGCGAAACCUAUCAAAGAGCAACGGGUGGUACAUAGCUCUUCGGUACACCAGCCUGUUAAUCGCGGACCGACAAUUCCCGAUGUUGAAAGAUUUCAUUGAACAGCAGCGGUAUGACAAUGAAGAUCAUUUCUGGUGCGGCUUGUAUGUACGGCUUGAACAAGCAUGGGAAAUUGGAGAUUCAACAGCUAAGACUCAAAUCAUUGAUCUACUAGAUCAAAUCAUUCCCCAAGGGAAAUUGCAAUCUUCAUAUGUCAAAAUUUGGAUUCGACUGAUUGCCGAAACACUCAGUCAGGCUCACUGGAAAGAUCUUGCCUCGGAGAGACAGCACUUUAUUAGGCGAUGGAAAAACAAGAACGGCCAGAGCAGAUUACAACGCUUCAAUGUGCAAUAUCUAUGCAUGGAGACUCUUCCGACAGACCUGUUAGACAGAGCAUGGUCAGAGUGCAAAGAAGCCCAUAAAUUCUAUGCUGAUCUUCAGAUCCGUGAAUAUUACAACCAGGGAGGACGCCUCGAAAUUAGACGCCUUUCUGGAAAGCCACUGGACAUGGCCCAAUGUUACAUCAAUCUCUCCAUCACCGAGCACGCACGGGAGAAUGACAAACAAUUAUCUGAUAGAGCAGCACGGUCUUCUGAUUUUACCCUUUUCAGCCGCAUGAAAGUUCCGACAUCAAAUACAGACAAGAAUGUGACAUUGCCUAAGUUGUUUGAAAAGUGGAAUUGCCCUGAUGGCACCGAAGCUCGACCCAAGCGGAUCUUGAUACGGGGACGUGCAGGAGUGGGGAAAACAACACUGUGCAAGAAGAUUAUCCAUGACUUCCUGCAUGCUCAGCUAUGGGCAGAAUACUUUGACCGCAUCAUCUGGAUACCUUUGCGUAGUUUUAAAGGGACAAAAAGUUUGAAUGAACUGCUUCAUGAAGAAUAUUUCGCGUUGCAAGGAGAACGAGCUUGUCUAGUUUCAGCUCUGCAUGAGGCUAUAUUUGACCCGACUGACCAGAAGACUCUGUUACUCCUUGACGGCCUAGAUGAAAUCUCUGGGGAACGGCAUGUUUCUGGAAUCGACCUAAUAGAAAAGCUUAAGGACCUUUUAAAUCAACAAAACGUCAUCAUUACAUCUCGACCAUACGCAGUGACCUCGCCCGAUCUGAAUUCAUUUGAUUUGGAAUUGGAAACAAUUGGAUUUCGCCCGGCCCAAGUGCAAGAUUAUUUGGCUAAAGUUGUGCAAGAUCAAACGUCAGUGGAAGAAAUCCGGGCCUUUAUCAAAAGCCAUUGGGUGAUGCAGGGACUUGUGCAGAUUCCGAUUCAGCUAGACGCACUAUGUUACAGUUGGUACAAGGGAUUGGGCCCAGGAGGUGCACCACAGACCAUGACCGCACUCUACCAAGCCAUUGAGGUGAAGUUGUGGAACAAGGACAUCUUGCAAUUAGGUAAAGGAAAUGAACAAGGACCGCUCAACGGCUCUCGAUCCCGAGAGUUGCGAACACGCUCGCAGGUUGAAAACCUCAUGGAAACUGAGAUGAAAUUGCUUGAAUUCCUUGCAUUUACUGGCCUGGUUAAUGACACAAUUGAGUUCAAGCAAGCUAUUCGUGAUAUGGUAUACGAGCAGCCCAGUUUUUCUGGGAUGUCUGAUGACAUCCUUGACAGAGUUUCAUUUCUGCGUACAUCAGACCCUUCAGCUGAUCAUGAAGUCCGUAAUUACCAUUUCCUCCAUCUGACCUUCCAAGAAUUCUUUGCAGCACAAUAUUUUGUACGAUGCUGGGUAUCCAACACAUCACUAUCCUAUCUCGAAUUCAACCCAGCAGAUCAGAAAAGCGAAAAACAGACAUCACCCAAAAGCUUCAUUCGACAAGAGAAAUAUAGCGGACGCUAUGACAUAUUAUGGCGGUUUGUGGUGGGGCUACUCUAUGAUAAGGGCGAAGAGGAAUUAUGUCAAUUUCUUGAACUGCUAGAGAGUGAACCACGAGACCUGUUGGGGCCAGCGCAUCAACGGCUCCUCAUGCAUUGCUUCAGUGAAGUGCCUCAUUCAAAAAGCAAAUCCCGACUGGAGAAUCACCGAGUUCAUAUGGAACAUCAAUGCCGACUGUGGUCCUUUUACGAGUAUGAACUCCAUAAAGAGAUGCAUAUGUGUCGUGAAGCAGAGUUUCCUGAGAAAUCUUUGAACAGAAUGCUUGCACAUGAGCCAGUUGAUGUGAAGACUGCUAUCUUGCGAGCCUUGCUUAGCCGACCACAUAUUUCGUCAAAUCUACUGGACCUGAUAGUUAGUUUUCUAAGGGAAAGUGACGGUAAUUCUGAAAUCAGAGAGGCUGCCAUUGAAGUUUUAGGCCGGCAGUCACCCCUACCAGAGAACGUCUUUCAGGCUCUGGUAUCCCGAUUGGACGAUGGCCGGCAGUCAUCCCUGCCAGAGAACGUCUUUCAGGCUCUGGUAUCCCGAUUGGACGAUGAUCACCCUCUUGUCAGAUUGGCUGCCAUUUGUGCUUUAGGCCGGCAGUCAUCCCUACCAGAGAACAUCCUUCAGGGUCUGAUAUCCCGAUUGGACGAUGAUGAUCCUCUUUUCAGGAAGGCUAUCAUUAUUACCUUAGGCCAGCAAUCAUCCCUGCCAAAGAGCGUCUUUCAGGCUCUGGUAUCCCAACUGGAUAAUCACUGUUCUGAGAUAGGCUUUCAAGUGGAAGAAGUACUCAGGAAGCAUGACAGCUUCUAUUCCAUUGUUCCUCGCCUACAUACUCAGAAAUUAGUCGCUCUGUAUAGAAUCUGGGUUGUUAAAGCUUUCUCGAGACAGUUCAGUUUCUAUAUGCGGGACAAAGUCUUAUACAUUGAUGUCCCCAAUAGACGAAGACGAAUUCCCAUACAAAGGGGCGAAGCUUUCAAAGAGUUCCUAACAGCAACGACUGAAAUGAGAAGUCCAAGCCUUUGUGCUGAUAAGUAUUUGGAGGUGUGAUACCAUUAUAGUGCUACUUUCACAUCAUUGUGCAACAUUGUUCCAUUCCUAUAUUCGUACUUUCUCGUUUUGAUAGUCGACUACUGGCG